UGCACCCAAAAAGACCUUCCAAUUUCCGACCAGGGUCACGGGACUGUUCCCCCGGAACUCCCAAGAGUGGGCCCACCACACGACCUUUUUUUUUUCCAAUCAAAAUUUGAGAAAUGAAAAUUACGCUACAGAAGUAAGAGAAGGGAGAAAUUUGAUGAAGUAGUCGGACCCCAGAUAUAAUAUAUUAUUGAAUUGAAUUUGAUAUCCAGACAUGUCAUAUAACAAACAGUACGAGCCAGUGAGAUCUGCCCCAGUGCAAUCUGAUCAUGAACUCAUUGAUGUUGAUCCAUACUUUACUAGAGUUAUCAAAUAUUUUAGAGCAUCCGAUAUUGGUAUUUGGGCUGCAUCGACUGCUGGUUUCCCACUUGCAUUAAAGUUUUGGGAACAUUUGGAUCCAGCUGCUGGAUCAUUUAAGGCUCCAGGUAAAAUCCCCGGUGUUGCUAUAAGAGGAUCUAUUUUAUUAGGUUUUGUAGGUGGGUUUUAUGCAGCAUACGUUAGAUCAGCCAAAAGAUUCUUAGGUUGGUCUGAAAAUGCUAGAGAAGUUUCCAAAGAUAGAUACGAAAUCAAAAAAUUGUUAUCCCAAGGUAAAUUGCCAUACCAUGAAAAUGAAUCCCAAUUAGAUGAUAGAUUGAAAGAUGUUUCUAACAGAAAUUCUCAAUAUUCCUUCGUUUUAAUGUCUGUUUUACCUUGGUUUAACUUAUCUCACCAUCCAUACCACGGUGUUGAUAUUAAAAAAUACUAUGAAACCAGACCUGGUGAAGAAGAAUGGGGUUUCAACAAUUUAACUCCAUAUGAAGAAAUUAAAGCUAAAUAUGUUAAAAGUUAUGAUUAAUCCACAUCCCUAUUAAUACGACGAGACCACGAGUCAAAUUAGCAUCCUAUCAAUAUCUCCAUCCUUUUAAAUAGUCCUAGACAUGUUCCAUAUUGAAGUUUAAC